UUUUAUUUCUCCCUCGUGAAAUCUCUCUCGACCCCUAAAAUAAAAAACAAAGACGGAGAGAAUUUAUCGCACAAGUUUCCAUCGUUUUCUCUCUUUAACUCGGCCGACCACACCAACCGCUUCUCUCUCUCUCUUCUCGAAUCCAAUUUGAUUUCGCAACAAAGAGGAAGGAACCUGCUGCUGCGCUGUGUUGUGUUCAAACCCAGUCGGAACUGUUUCAGAAAGAUCUCCUUUUUAUUUCGCGGGCUUUGGUUUCUCCCCGUUGAUCACGUUUCUUCCUGGGUGGGUGAGAGAGAAAAAGGGUCUCUUCGUUGAUCUCUCUCUCUAUUAGUUGAUUCAAUUCGAUCUCACAGAUCAUUUUUUUAAUUUAGGUUUCGAGUUGUCUGGUAAACCCUAGUUUUGAUCGAUUAAGUGUUAGACAGAAUUAAAAAACCGAAUUUAUUCAUUCAUUCAUUCGUUUGUCACCAAUUCGUUGUGAAUACGUCUCGUUUUCAGUUUCGUUUCCCCUGUAAGUUUCUUUCUUAGGGUUGUCGUUUUACUUUCUAAUCUAAAACCAAACCAAAAACCAAGGGAAGCUCAUAAAAUUUGGGUGACCAGUAUUUUUUUGUUGUCAUCUGAAAAAUCUAGAGUUUUCCUUUUCUUCUUAUUCCUCUCUUAUCAAUUUACACAUAACCAAAAAAAAAAAGAUAGCUUUUUUUUUUCCGGAUCUGUUCUUUUUUAUCUUAAGGGGUUUCACUUUUUUUCUUAGGGAUUCUGUACAAAGGGAUUUUUUUUAGGUGUAUAUAUAGAUUAUAGACUAGUAGAGUGGUAGAUAUAUGGCGUUGAAUUUUUCACAGAGAAACUUUUCUCCCCAUUUAUCUGAGGAACCCAUGAAGAUAGCCAAUGGGUAUCAUCUCGUUGAGGGAGAUGAUGUUUUUUCCCAUCCUUGGUCUUCUAGUUUUGGUUCAUUUGACUAUGAACGGAGGAGGAACAACACUGGAGAUUCUUCAGCUUCUGUUGAUAUACUUGAUGUUCUGCCUUCUGAUCCUUUUGGCAUGGACGAUAUCAACAAUACUUUCACUGCCAUCACUGGAUGGCUUGAGGAUUUGGAGGCUGGUUAUGGAAGAGAUGAGAGUGGGAUUAUUGGUGAUGGCCAGCUCUUUGCUGGCUUGAGUUUCAUUUGGAACAAUGCAAUGCGGUUUCAGGAGAGUAAUGUGUACGGGUUUGGCGAGGAGGUUUUUGAUGGUGCUGGAUCUUGUCAUGGUGCCUUCGUAUCUGGUACUAGUGUGGAUGAGGUAUUGAGCCUCAAGGAUGGACAAGUUGCAGAAAGCAGUGGUCGUGGAGGAGAGAAUGCAAACGUUCAUCCGGCGUUUGGUUUUUGUCUUUAUCGCUUGGGGGUGAAGGAUCUUCUUUCAGUUAGUAUGGUUUGCAAGUCGCUGCGUACGGUUGUGUGUGAUGACUCGCUACUGUGGAAACAUAUCCACAUUUCUCAGCCGUUGAAUGAGAAGAUCACUGAUGAGGCUCUUCUGCAGUUAACCGAGCGUGCUCAGGGAACUAUGCAGUGUUUGAGGCUCGUUGAUUGCUCGAGAAUUACAGAGGAUUGUCUUAAGCAGGUGUUGGAGCGCAACUCACAAGUAGUUAAGCUUGGCGUGCCUGGAUGCAUAAGGAUCACUAUAGAUGGUGUUUUGAGCAUCUUGAGAGAUCUGAAGUCUGCGGGAAAGCUUCAGGUGAAGCACUUAGAGAUCGGUGGCCUCUUUGGAGUUACUAAAGACCACUAUGAGGAGCUGUUUGGUUUGUUAGACAUAGAAGAUAAUGUGGAGCAGUCCAUACAGAAGCCACGUUUUUACCAUAGAGGAUACUCAUGUGUAUCAUCGUGUGAUGAGAACAAGGGGAUAGAUAUUGAGAUGUGUCCAAAAUGUCAGAACUCGAGGCUUGUGUACGACUGUCCAGCAGAAGAUUGUAAAGGGAAGGAGGAGUGUCGUGCUUGUUCUCUUUGUAUACAGAGGUGUUUUCAGUGUGGUCGGUGCAUCACUGACAGCGAGUAUGAAGAAACCUUUUGUCUGGAGUUCCUGUGCGCUGAUUGUUCGAAGCCGUCCCCUGAGUUACCUCUGUAGGUUGAAAAUUCAGUCUGAGCCGUUCUUUUCGUUCUGAAAUUGGAUGGCUCAGUUCUUUCAUGGGUAACACUACAAAUGAUGUUAUAAUAUGAAGAAACCUUUUAUCAAAAAAAAAAAGUUUAACAUCA